AGCAUUCUGGAUCACUAAUAUUGGUUGCGUAAGUUGGUCCUUGGCUAUGGAUAAACUGGAUAAAGGUUUGAUGAAGAUAAUUGGGAAUAAAGCGUCGGGAACUGUUGUCAUUUUUGAGCGGAACGAAUUUUACGCGUGCUAUGAAGACGAUGCGAUUUUCAUUGCAAACAGUAUUUUUUGCAGUGAAGUGGGUCUUCGUCGGUGCAGAAUUGGUGAAACCGAAUUAAUGUAUCAUGUCUUGAAUAAUGCGCAGUAUUUACGUGUAGUUCAUGAUGUUAUCUUAGUGCAGCAUUAUCGUGUGGAGGUGUAUGCUGCAAAUGAUGGACAAUGGGAACUUAAAGCGAAGGGUUCACUGGGAUGUCUAAAUGAUUUUGAAGAAAUUGUUGGUGACAGUGCUGAAUUGUACGAGCUUACAACAGUUGCGGCGUUAACUGUGACAGAAGGACACGAUUCCAGCGAAUGUUUGGUUUCUGUUGUGUCAUGUAAUGUCCGAGAAAUGCAGCUUACAAUCGCCGAAUUUCUUGAUACUGAGCAUUUCGUGAAUUUAGAGAAAUGUUUGGCUGCAUUGGUACCUCGAGAAUGUUUGCUGGUUUCGGAUAAAAUGGGAAUAUCAUCUGUCAGUUUAUGCGGUGAAAAUAAUCAGCUGAAUACAGCGCUAAAAAAGGCUGGUAUCAGGAAGGAACUCUUUCAGUUUAGUGAGCAACUUCCUACUACGCUUUCUAAUCAUAUCACUGAAAUGAUCGACCCGAAAUAUAAGGAUAUUCGCCUUUCAAGAGCGCAGAAAAAUUGUCUUGUGGGGUUGAUCCAACAUUUGCAUUUGAACGAUGAUGGAGUGAUGAGUGGAAAAUUUCAAUUACGAAAUUAUAAAUCGGCAGGUUACAUGUAUUUGAAUUCAGCUGCUGUAAAAGCUCUCGAAUUGUUCGCUGCAUGCCAAGAAGAUGAAGAUUUAUUGGAUGAUGUAGGUUCACUUUAUGAAUUGUUAAAUAAAUGUCGCACUCCUCAAGGACAACGUCUUUUACGUGACUGGAUUCGGCGACCUUUACAUGAUAUACGCAAAAUUAAUGAACGAUUGGAUGUAGUUGAGGCUCUUGUCAAUAAUUCAUUGUGUCGUGCUAUACUUCAUGACGACAUCUUACGUCGAAUACCUGAUAUUACAACAAUUACCAGAAAACUGCUACAAAAGAAAGCAGGCCUACAGGAAUGUUAUCGGCUUUACCAGAUCAUCCGUCUGCUGAAACGAUUCCAUCAAGUAUUAGACGAACUUCAUGCUUCUUGUGGUUCCUUGGCAUCAUCGGUCAAUGAUUUAUGCUUGGAGCCGCUUGCUCUAGCACAGUUGCAGUUUGAGAAGUUCAUGGCACUGAUUGAAAGUACUGUUGAUGUAGCUUAUUUCAAGGAAAACGGAUUAUAUAGGAUCUUACCAAAUAUCGAUGAAAAUUUGCUAGCAGUUGCUGAAAGAAUGGAUGAGAUUGAAACGAAAUGCAAUGCUUUGUUAAAAAAGGUUUGUUCUGGAAUAACCGAAGCAGUCAAACUCGAAAACACUGAACAUCAUGGUUUCCAUUUUCGAGUCACUUUAAAGGCCGAAAAGUCAAUUAGACAGUCGGAUAUGCGCAUUCUUGAAACAAGUAAAGGUUCCGGUGUACAUUUUACUUGCGACGAUCUGGAUAUACUAAAUCGUGAAUAUCUAAAACUUUCUUCUCAUUACGAAGCAAUUCAAAGUAGCUUUAUCGACAUGGUUGUUGAAACUUGUUCUGGUUAUGUUUCAACAUUCUGUGAAUUAUCUGAAACAGUCGCUAUAAUUGAUACUUUGGUUGCACUUUCUAUAUUGGCCAGCGGAUCUCCUUUUUGUUUUGUUAGACCACAAAUACUUGACGAAGAUAAGCAAAUUCUGGAACUCAGAAAGUGUCGUCAUCCAGUUAUGGAAGCGAAUCCAAAUUCCUCACAGUUUAUAUGCAAUGAUGUGAUUCUCGGCCGGGAACAAGGAGAUGGUGCAAUGUUUUUAGUAUUGACAGGAGCAAAUAUGGGAGGCAAAAGUACAUACUUACGUUGUUGUGCACUUUCUGUUCUUUUGGCACAAAUAGGCUCAUUUGUACCAUGUGAGAGCGCCAGAUUUUCUCUUAUAGAUGGCAUCCAUACAAGGAUAGGCAGCUGCGAUUAUCAGUGUAAAGGAGUUUCUACAUUUAUGGCAGAAAUGAAUGAUUGUGCAUCAAUUCUCGAAUCGGCAACAUGUCAUUCGUUGGUUAUUGUUGAUGAGUUGGGACGUGGUACAUCAACAUAUGAUGGUUUCGGAUUAGCUUGGGCAAUUGCAGAAGAUAUUGUUUCGCGGGUGAAAUGUUUCUGUAUAUACGCUACGCAUUAUCAUGAACUGACUAGACUAAGCCGUGUUUAUCCGAAGCAGUUGAAAAAUGUCUGUACCGCCUCUCAAAUUGAUGAAAAUGGACAGCUCAUUUUGCUUUAUAAGAUAAUACCAGGUGUUGCGGGUCGUUCUUUCGGCUUAAACAUUGGUAAAAUGAUUGGUCUGCCGAAUAGCGUUCUUCAGACGGCAAGCGACAUGUUGGAGAGAUUGGAAGCAAGGGAUUCGAAGUUAAGUUCAGAUGAAGAGGAACUAUAUAAGAAGAUUCACAGUUUUGGAGAUGAUGAGCUGCGACAACAAGUGCUGGAUAAUUUGAUGAGUGAGGAAAGCGACUAGCCAAUGUGUUUAGUCUGAUUCUAUAAAUAGUAGUCGAUCUCGUCGAAUAAAACC